UUCCACUCUUGCCUCGCAGCAGUAAACAUGGCGAACGGCUAGCGGAGUCGUUGUGUGCACUCAGUCCUGGGAGCUCUGUAUUUGCUUUUACGGCUAAAAUCAAAUACGAUUUCAUUUGUUUUUGGGUAUCCAGAGCUGCAUGUAAAGUUUGCAGCUCCCUUCACAUCUUUCUUGAAUAAAAGGCCAUUUGACAGGGUAGAAAAAACGUCCCGCAACAAUGGGGCGACGGUCAACCUCUUCCACCAAGAGUGGGAAGUUUAUGAACCCCACCGACCAGGCCAGAAAAGAGGCCAGGAAAAGGGAGUUAAAAAAGAACAAGAAGCAAAGGAUGAUGGUGAGAGCAGCAGUGCUGAAGAUGAAGGACCCCAGACAGAUCAUCAGAGACAUGGAGAAGCUGGAUGAGAUGGAGUUUAACCCAGUCCAGCAGCCCUUACUGAAUGAGAAGGUGUUGAGAGACAAAAGGAAGAAGUUGCGUGAGACAUUUGAACGCAUUGUUCGUCUGUAUGAGAGAGAAAAUCCUGAUACCUACAAGGAGCUGCGCAAACUGGAACUGGAUUAUGAGACUAAACGAGGACAGCUGUCUCUUUAUUUUGACUCAGUCAAGAAUGCAGAGUUAGUGGAGGUUGACAGUAUCCCUUUACCAGACAUGCCACACGCUCCAUCCAAUAUCCACAUCCAGGACAUCCCAUUACCGGGGGCUCAGCCGCCUUCAAUACUAAAGAAGACCUCCACGUUUGGUAAAGGGCAGCUCUCAUCCUCCACUGGACCAGCAGUAGUAACGGUGCCAGGUGUCCCACGUUUACCUCCAGGCAGGAAGCCUCCUGGGCCUCCACCCGGCCCUCCACCUCCACAAGUCCUGGCACUGUAUGGAAUUCCAGCUCGACGAACGUAUGGCACAGACACAGAACCCUCCAUUCCUGGUUUGGACAAGGACUCGGCUAUGGAUUUGGGAAGAGAUCGGGACAGUGGUAGCGAUAGCGAUAGAGACGACUUGGAUGACGACAACAGUGAUUCUGAAGAGGACAGCGAAGAAGAGAGACACGAAGCGGGAGGCGGUGAGCAAAGAGCGCGAGUGGACCAGCACGAUGACGACAGGGACGGAAACAGAAACGAACGACAUGCUGGACGCAGUGUACGUUUUGCAGAUAUACUCCCAGAGGCACCUCGUGAUGGAAAAAGAAAGAAAAAGAGACUGGUGAAGAAGACCAAGGCCAUCACACCUCUGCAAGCCAUGAUGUUGAGGAUGGCAGGUCAGUCUAUUCCUGAGGAUGAGGAAGAAGAGGAGGUAGAGGAGGAAUACACAGAUGAGUCAGACACCUCUGACACAGAGGACAGAGGACCACCAGGGGACAGUCAGGCUCACAUUAUGACCAGUCAGCAUAUGCCUCCUCCUGCUGUGGCAGUGGGACAGCAAGGACCUCCACCCAUGCAAGGCCCGCCAAUGACAGGGCCUCCACCACUGGGUCCACCUCCAGCUCCACCGAUGAGGCCCCCUGGUCCUCCCUCUGGCCCACCUCCUGGCCCCCCACCAGGUGCUCCUCCAUUCUUGAGGCCUCCUGGUAUGCCUGGCGGAAUAAGGGGUCUGAUGCCUCGUCUCCUGCCUCCUGGUCCUCCACCAGGAAGGCCACCUGGUCCACCACCAGGCCCCCCUCCUGGUCUCCCACCAGGACCUCCACCGCGUGGACCUCCUCCCAGAUUACCACCCCCAGCACCACCAGGUAUCCCACCUCCUCCCCCAAGAGCGGGAGGGCCCCCACGUCCUCUAGCACCACCACUCUCCCUAUUUCCUCCACCUCUCAACUCCAAUGUGCUCAGUGCUCCUCCCAACAUUGUCCAGAGGCAAAAAGCUCCAGGAUCCAGUCAGGACGGCUCACAGAGCAACCUGCCCCCCCCUGCCAUGCCUAUGCGGCCGGGUGUCAUGCAGAUGCCCCCUCCUCCUGGGACAGCUGCUGCAUCUGCAGGGGCAAAUCCUGCCACCAUCGAAAAACGCGCCAACAUCACCUCUGUUGCAGCUGCUGGAGGUGGCCUGGCAGCAGGAGGCGGCUCUGGUGGCGCCACCAUCUCCGCCAAACCGCAGAUUAUCAACCCCAAAGCGGAGGUCACCCGCUUUGUGCCCACAGCACUGAGGGUGCGUAGGGACAAGAGUGGGGUAAUGCUGGGGGCGGCGGCUGGGCCACUUGAGAAAGUGGGGGGUGGUGCUGGAGGAAGGAGGGGAGAUGAAGGUUUGGGAAUAGGCCAGUGGCAGAAACAGCAGGUGACAGUGGCUCCAACGGGAUCAGCUAACCCAACCCAAAUGGCGGCCAUGUCUCAGCCCAACAUGAAGACUAAAGACCAGGUUUAUGAAGCCUUUAUGAGGGAGAUGGAGGGACUUCUUUGAGACUCAAGAGUAUUCAUAAAAAUUAGGUUUCAUGGGUUCUCUGAACAGCAAGUGUGUUUAUGAUGUUUUCUUUGUGGAAUUAAUGGAGGUUCCUGUUUUCAGAGCAUUUAACUAGAUCAGUUUCUCUUUAACAAGGACAGACUGCUACACCAUGAGUACUGGAUUCAGCAGGCUCAUAAUCACUAGAUCCAGACUAUUUGUGUUAUCAAAGUAAAUGUGAACAGAAUGAAAUAAUUUGACAAGAAUAAAACAUUUAAACAUACAUUGGUGUGAAGUUAAAGCAUUUAGACUGAACACUGCUCUGAACAGAAUCGCAUUGUUCUGAAGUAUGUUUUGUUUUUUACCCCACAACUGUGUUUUACUUCUACUCAGCUAUUUGUCAGUUGUCCAUGAAAGGCAGUUUUGUAUGUUUGCAAACAGAAAUGUAGAAAUUUUGUCUAGCACUGGCAAAAUCCAUGUUUUCAAAUGUUGGUCUGCAACUUAAUAAAUGGUCAAAAACU